AUGUUACCUCGGUUCCUCACCGCCUCGUAUCCCAUGGAGCGGCAUUAUUUUCUGGUGCCAAAGUUUGCAUUGUCGCUGAUUGGUCUGUAUCCGGAACAGAAGAGAACUUUGCCGGUCCGGCUAUGGAGUUUCUUCAACUUUUUCAUCCUGAGUUACGGCUGCUAUGCGGAGGCUUACUAUGGCAUACACUAUAUACCGAUUAAUAUAGCCACGGCGCUGGAUGCCCUGUGUCCGGUGGCCUCCAGUAUUUUGUCGUUGGUAAAAAUGAUUGCCAUUUGGUAUUACCAGGACGAACUUAAAAGUUUAAUCCAACGAGUGAGAUUUCUAACAGAGCAGCAGAGAUCUCAGCGAAAACUGGGCUAUAAAAAGAGGUUCUAUACUUUAGCCACUAGGCUAACCACUUUGCUAUUGUGCUGCGGAUUUUGUACUAGUACUUCGUAUUCCGUCAGACAUCUGCUGGAUAAUAUUCUGAGGAAGUCGAGGGGUAAGGAGUGGAUCUAUGAAACGCCUUUUAAAAUGAUCUUCCCUGAUCCUCUACUUCGUUUACCUCUAUAUCCCAUCACCUAUAUCCUUGUCCAUUGGCAUGGUUAUAUCACAGUUGUUUGUUUUGUGGGAGCCGAUGGUUUCUUUUUGGGAUUUUGUGUCUACCUCACAGUUCUAUUAAUGUGCCUUCGAGAUGAUGUCUUUGAUUUGUUGGAAGUUAAAGAUAUUGAAAAAAGUCCAGAGAAAAAAAAUGAGGCACGGAUAGUUCGAGAAAUGGAAAAACUAGUAGAUCGUCAUAACGAAGUGGCUGAACUAACCGAAAGAUUGUCGGGAGUGAUGGUGGAGAUUACUUUGGCCCAUUUUGUUACCUCCAGUUUGAUUAUUGGCACAAGUGUGGUGGAUAUUUUACUGUUCUCUGGUCUGGGCAUUAUUGUGUAUGUGGUCUACACCUGCGCCGUGGGCGUGGAAAUCUUUUUAUAUUGCCUCGGAGGCUCGCAUAUUAUGGAAGCUUGCUCGGAGUUGGCUCGCUCUACAUUUUCCAGCCACUGGUAUGGUCAUAGUGUUCGGGUUCAAAAAAUGGCUCUUUUGAUGAUUGCUCGUGCCCAGCGUGUUCUUACCAUUAAAAUUCCCUUCUUUUCACCAUCUUUAGAAACUCUAACAUCUAUCCUACGCUUUACAGGUUCUUUGAUUGCUUUGGCCAAGUCUGUUAUAUAA